CGAACUCGCGAGUCGUGGAGUUCAUUCUCGAGGGUCAGCUGGAUUGAUCCGCCAGGAGGCUUUCCGUCGUUCACGAGGACGUGGUUGAUCACGCACGUCUACGCGAAGAGUAUAUCAGUGCGCCACAGCUUUCAAUGGGGAACCCUUCAAAAAGCCUCACCGAUCUGUGGGGGCUGCGUCUUCCCAAUCUCCUUCCAGCCAUGGCUUUGCGAGAUUGGCUUUGCGACUGGGGUCAGCUGCGGCAUCUUCGAUGGCUUUAUCCCUACGCAGCAACUUUCACUGUCUUGGACCCUCAGGGCGUGCGCAUGUGUUAUGAAGUGUCAGCGACCCAUUGGGAGUCAACGCUCGCAACGGGAUAUUGAGACUGAGCUUCCUGACUUGGGGCAUGGGAAGGGCGAAGAGGCAUGGAGGUCUGAGUCCUGCGUGGUGCUAGAGCUUGGCUGGACUGCUCCCGGGCUGAUUAAGCUCUUAUCUAUGACGUCGAAUCAUAAAUGAGUGGCAAGGGCACAAAUCUUCAGGUUGCAUGGCAAGCCCGAGUCGAGAUCCGCACAUGUCGGACUUCGCGCUGACAUAUCCAACCCAUCGACGCAGAAUCGCAGACAACAUGCAUUGCUGCUGAGAGGUAGUCGGAGUGGUGCACCAAGCAGCCUUAUCGCCGCAUUCGAAAGAAUGGACGCAAACAGAGCGUGAGGAUUGGUAGAAGCAACAGAUACACAACAAUCAUGUUGACUAGAGAGGCACAACUCGGUUUGAGGUAACAUGCG